CGAAUCCGGUGCUAGAUUGUGUUGACAAAUAUUUUUGUUAUAAACUCAACGUAAACUUCAGUGACUUGAAUGCGGCAUUUUUGCAUCGUUUUCUGAUUAUAUAUUAGUAAAUAAACAAUUAUGAGUAAGCAGAACUUGCAAACUUUAUCGUCUAUUUUAAAAGAUCAGGCUAUCAGAUUUGAUGUACUUUCUCUAUCAUACAUUAAUCGCCUCAUUCCGGAGUUAGCAAGUAGAAAAGUUGUCGUGUUUUAUAAAGCUGUGAUCUCGGAAACUGGUCAGCCAAAGGAGAAAGAAAUAGAAACUAUUGAAACACAAAUAAAUGAACUGGAUAUUACUGGAUCACCGCUGGAAUAUUCUUUUGGGAAUGAUACAUUCCAAGAUACUUUGAUAAUUAAAAGAAGAAACUGGCGGCCUGUUGAAGAACACUAUGUCCCAUUGUCUAGAAUGGAAGCAAGUAUUUCAAUCAAUUUAUGUCUGCAACAACUCGACAACAGUUGGACCGUACCUAUAUUCGCUAUUUGUGACGGGAAGGAUUCAGAGAACACAUUAUUUAUUGGUACACUUAUGGAACCACGAUGGCACUGCACCGUACAUGCUGGCAGUAUAGGUUUCACGAAACCAUCAGACAUUGAAACAAAUUAUUCUGUCCUUGUGAAUGAGCAUAACAAGAUAUAUACUACAAAAUUUGAUGUUAACAUGUCAACCUUGAAAACGUAUGACCUGUUCGGAACAAGUCAAGAAACUAUUAAUUGCAAAGAACUUUCAAAGCAUAGUUUUGAUGGGUAUGCAAACCUUGAAAUUAGUUCCAGUGGAUUACAGUCUGAUAUUCUGGAACAGGCAGCUGUAUGUACUAUGACGAUUGAAAUUGCUGCUGGACAUCUAACCAGCGCUUUGAACGAGUUAUGGCAACAAAUGUUAUUAUUAAAUGAAUUUCUAACGAUGUUAGAACAAUAUCAAAGAAAAACUGAACGUGAAAGAUAUAGUGUGAUGCCACUGCAAUUUCCAAAUCAUUUUUCAACUCCGUACGCUGCUGAUGGUAAAGAUAUCAUAAACCAGCUUUAUUUAUUGCUACAUGGAGAUAGUACCACUGAUGACAAAUACUGUCUUAAUUACGACAAUAAACGGUUUAUGUAUGGUAAUGAAAGAGAGCAAGAAACUGAUGUCCCAUUGCAACAAUAUAUAGAUGAAGUUCGCCACAGAGAAAAUAGAGAUUUCACAGACAACUUGUGGCAGUUACUUAUUGGUUGUAAAAGUCAUAUAGAAUUAACAGAUUGCUUUCAUGCGGUGUUUGAGGAAAUUUUAAACGAUGAUUUUAGGCCUGAGAUGAAUUCGUCUAAUGCAACACGGUUUGCAAAAAUUGUUUCCGAAUUGUAUCGGCCGAAUGCAGCACUGCCAUUGCUUGUAGGAAGUCUACCUUUGGAACUACUAAUAGACAUAGGUUUCAGAAAGUUAAACAGAGAUUAUGUUUACUUAUUAUUGAGUAUGACUCUAAUUGAUAUAGACGAAGUAAAGAAAAAACUUAACAUCCAGCCAUCUGGAGAAUAUGAUCUUCAAAAUUAUAGGAAGGAUUUGUUGACUAUGGGGAGGAUUCAUAUUUGUAUAGAUUUCCUGCUAUUACUACAAGAUCGUCAACAAUAUUCAACAACUGAUUUACAGUUUCUCUUUGAUCAUGCUUUUGAUUUAUACACAUCGGAAAACUCUCCUGUAAAGUCAUUUUCUGAUUUAGCGAAAAAUUCCAUAUACCAAUUAACGUCAAAUGUGCCAUGUACGUCACCCAUCGUUAAGGAAACUGUGAAAAAAAUUCCAACGUCAUGGAGGUUUUCUCUUUCCUCUCAAACUUCAAUGUCGAAACUGACGACAAUCACUUAUUACAGCCGCGAUUCUAUAUUCCCACCAUCCGUCUUUCCAAUAGAUGAAUCCGAUGACGAGGCAGAGGGGUAUUAUGCAACAAAAGUUAUUUACUCCUCUAGCAGGAUUUCGUGAGAAAGAGAAUGUCAGGGACAACUACUGGUCGUCUUUUUGGGGGGAAUAGCAAUUUGAAGAAGGUACACAUUCUAUUUUCAAUCGACGAUGGAAAUAUUGUAGCGCCUUUGAAACUCGUAUACACUGAGUGCAAAAUUCAUUAAAAGAUUAUAUUUGUAAUUCCUGCUCGUUAGUGAAUCAUCCCACCUGUUCAAAUUAAUCAUACUUAUUACUAAAGUAAGUAUUAAAAGAUACCUAUUUUCAACUCAUUUAAACGUAUCGAAAAUAAAAUAUAUUCCACUCUUU